UAUGUGGCGCUUCAUUUAGCCUUCAGCUGGGGCAGAGUCAAAGUGCAAACAAAAAUGGAGUCGAACGAAGAAAAUCCAAAGGAAUCGCCCAGAAAGUUUGUUUAGUUUGAUGAUCAACUGCGGUUUACACCUCUAAAAUGGAGCAGACGGCCAUGCUAGACUUCAGGACGUGUUUCGAUGCAGAGAAGGACAUCGUUAGUCUGCUAAACCAGGAACAGAGUUCUGGUGAGGACGCAGGUACAGGUACAGGUGUUCCCAGACAGGUGAGGGUGCUGGGACAGGAGAGAGAUGGAGCUGUGCUCUACACCUGGAGCGACAUCUCACCUUACAGACAGGAUGAUGUUGUUGUUAGUCACAUCGGUCUGUAUGAACCAAUCAGCAAAGUGAACACCGUCCUCUUUGUCCAUGAGAAGCUGGUGAACCUUGUGAACUGCACAGUAAACCAGGAGAGGACACUUCUUGCUUUCACCACCCAAGAAAAGGCCACCUCUUCCUCAGGGUCUCCUUCCUGGCACUCUGAGGGAAGACAGCAUGCACAAGUCUAUAGAUCCUACCUUGCUGAGGUGCAGCCGGCAAACCGAGUGUUUUACCUCAACAUAGAGAGGGACAACUACCUCAUGGUUCAGUUUCUGCAUGGAAAGGGACAUGGAGAUGCAACAAGCAAGGAAUCUCAUAUGCUCUUCCUCAUCCAUAAAGAAUUGAUAGGACUGUACCAUAUGAAAUUGUCCAGAGUCGGAUACAGUGGUGUGGAGAUGUGUGGGCAGCCUAGAACUGAAGUUCUGGCAAAAAGGUUCCAGUGGGCACAGUGGGACCACCAGAGGCAGAGACUGUACUAUCUCAGCCAGAAGAAAAAAAAUAGUAACUCCAAGCUAACUUUUACCUGUAUGCAGUUCUAUGAAAAGUAUCCUCCAGAAAUCAUGAUGGAGGUCCAGCUCCCAAUAUAUCUUCCUCCAGAGGUGUCAAAAGCACCGAGCAUCUAUGAACACCUUCCUCUUAGUAAUAAAGUAACAGAUCAAAAGCUCCUUUGUGAUGUUCUGACCCUCCCUGGAGGUUCCUUGUGUAUCUGCUACCAGCAUCCUAUUAUGAGUCCUGAAGACCAUCAUGCACAGGAAGAGGACAUAGGGGAGUAUGAUGUUGUAGACAUAGAGUACUCAGUCUUCAUGCUACAUCGAGGUACUGUUCUCCACUGCUGUAUGCCAGGGUUUGCCAGGCUGGAGGCUGUCAACAUCAGGCUCCAUUUCUUUCCAAUCAAUGACUACAUCCUGGUAUUUUCACCUGGCCAGCUGUUGCACCUGCUGAAUGUUGCAGCUGAGUUUGAACCCUGCCACCACAUCGUCUGGCACGUUGUAAGUGCUGCUACUAAUGUUAACGGAGGGCAUGGUGUUCCAAACCUUCCGUCACCUUCAACAGACGGACGUUCCCUAACAACUUUCUUGAGGGAGCGUGCAGGGCUAUGUGUGUACGACUGUAGACAGGACAUCGCAUACAGAGUGUCUGUGAGUAAGGAGGGGUUUGCGGAUGUGUUUGCGGGAUGUUAUCUGCCCAGCACCAGGCUAGCCAUCAUGCACUAUGCUGCUGUCCACCACAAGGACUCUUCACUAGCCAAACUGCUGGUAGGCAAGAUGUGCAAUGACAUUGGCAGUCCAGAAGUGUCCGGCCUGCUGACCGAGUUCCUGGUCGGGACAACCUACAACGCCAUGCGGAGACAACUGGACAUGCGGAUACUCCCCUUGCUUCAAUUCACCUCAACUGAGACAGGGCGGGGUCAGUUGGAGAAGAAUGAGAAAGGACAGCAGUUGGCCAGGAUAACCUACAGCAGUUUGCGAGACAUUGUUCAGAUGAAGUAUUCUAAAGUAGACAAGACCCAGUCUGACGGGAGCUUCUGGGAACACCUGCGGUACAACCUACAGAAACUGAGCAUUGCUGACAUGUGGCCGAGAUUCAACACCACGUCACUCCAGCAACACAUCACAGCAGCCAACCAGGAGGCUGCAUUUGCUGACGACCUGGUAGAAGGAAGAGUUAGGUCAUCAUCUCUGCUAAAAAGAAUAUCAGAUAGUGCCAGAAGGGCAUUUUCUGGAUCAUCCACACCAAGGAAAGGUUCCUUGGGAAGCUAUGCAGUGCUCACCUUCCUGAAUGCUGCUGAGAGAGACUUGGAACAGGACCGGGUGGUGGGGAUGACAGUGGAACAGCUGACUGAUCAUCUGUCCCGCCACCUACCCAGGGAGACCAGGGUCAAGGUCUUCAACGUGGCCAGGGAGUUUGUCAGCUGUCAGUUACAACAGUCCAAACAGCUUCUGCAGUUCAUCUGGACAUCACUAGGGUUCCAACCUGAUGGUGACCUAGCCUCCAAUGUAGGUGAGCCAGGCAGCCAGGCCGAGAGUGAACUGUUCCACAUGACAGAGAGGUUCUACAUGGCAGCACAGGAGCUCUGCUUCCCUCUGCCUAAUGGUUUUAAGACGUUCUUCACAACGCUGGGUUUCCGGUGCCUGGACAGCCAUGUGUUCCUGCAGUAUGUGGACAGGGGGGUGCUGCACCUCACGGAUGACUUCAGGGACAUGGUCAUGGAAGAUCUUGGAGAUGACAGAGAUAACAGUGAGAUGAAGCUGAACAUCGUCUCCAGACUACCAAAGAGACAGGCACUGACAGGCCUCCAGCAGUGGAACCAUCCAAUCAGCACAAGGUUUCUGUCCAAGCAGUAUGUGUCCAGCCUCCUCUUAGAAGGAGAGGACCUUGGUUGGGCCAGUCAACCCAGAAGGGUGAGCCUCACAGACUCCUACUCAACUUCAUCAAGCCAAGACAGCAGUGAGGAUGACUCUGUGGAUGCCCAUGUUCACUUCCCUCCCCUGGCCACACUCAUGAAACUCCUGCAGAUGAAAGAGCCCCACACGAGAAGACACAGUCGGUCUGGCCGGUACGUUGACCUGAAGUUUGUACAGCAGUCGGCGCUGCAGCAGACCAAGCAGGAGUACGGCACCAACCUGUCUAAUGUGUCAUUUUAAACACC